AUGCGCACAUCAGCUGUGAGCUUGGCGAAGCACUUUGGUGGGCUGGGCAAAAUGUAUGGCGAACAUCGUUUCGCAUUGGCACCAAACGAGCAGAAGGCUUUCAAAGGCUUUAUCGACCAAGCUAUCGUAAAAGUAUUCAGAACUUACGUUUGGGAUCAGUGGUAUUAUUAUCUACCUCAAGCAGUUGGUGCUUAUCUUCUUUACGAUUGGGCAAAGAGGAAGAAUUAUGAAGUUUCGAGGAAGAAUCCAGCUGACUUUGCUAACGACCAGUAAACUACCUCAGAAUUUGUCUAUGUUGAUCUAGAACAGUAAAGAUUAGGUUUUGAAAUGGAUCUUUGAGCUUCAAUACUAAUUUGAC